AUGGAUGCCAGCUUUUUUAGGUUCGAAGGACAACACUAUCGACAAGUUUUCGGUACAGCAAUGGGCAGUCCUCUGUCACCAAUCCUAGCCGACAUCGCUCUGGACACAGUAAUCGAUAAAGCUAUGUCCUCACUUCCCUUCCCGAUUCCAAUACUCAAAAAGUAUGUGGAUGAUAUCUUCAUGGCCAUUCCGGCCGAUGCCAAGGAACUAGUACUCGACGCGUUCAACCGACACGAAGUGAGGCUACAGUUUACGCUAGAAACCGAAGUUAAUGGAAAGUUGCCAUACCUAGAUAUGACGGUGAUCAGAAACGAGGACCAAACUCUGCAUACCGAAUGGUUCAUGAAAUCAAUAGCUUCCGGAAGGAUGCUGAACUGGCACUCCUUCCACCUACCCAAAUAUAAAGUAAACGUCGCAAGAAACUUUAUACACAGGGUCUGUACACUAUCCACCAACUUAAACACAGCUGCGAAGAAGAAAAUCAUCCAGAAUCAGCUCAUCACUAGGCUCAUCAUGAACGGGUAUCCGAAAACAUUGAUAAACAGAAUCUUCCAUCUGUACAUCAAUCAAAACAAUCGUCACGGUAGACAAGAACAAACAGCUUCUAUCACAGAAACACCAGCCCGAACAGCUAUGCCGCCAACCAUCCAACACCAAUCAUCGUCCCAACCAACAAUCCAGCCAUCCAACCCAUCGAUCGAUCGUCCGACAAAUCAGUCACAGCUACAGUCAUCAACAUGCUCCAAUGCCAUCUCAUCGACACGACCGCUCAUAAUAACCAGCACAGAUCCUUCGGCACCUGGAAUGGACACUCAACGUGAAAUUGCCUCAAUAAUUCAACGACCUCCAAAUGCAUAUAAUAUCGAGCCAACAACAACAAACCACGGAGAACAUCUGAUCUACCGAUUCAUCCCAUACGUCGCAGGACUAUCCGAAUGCAUCAUCCGCAUCCUCAACAGAGACUACAACAACAUCACCAUCGCAUGCAGACAAACCAAAACCAUCCAACGUUUCCAUACACCCGUAAAAGACCCGAUUAGUAUGCUAGAUAGGAGUAGAGUAGUAUACAAAAUACCAUGCAGCAAUUGUAAACAAUGCUACAUUGGUAUGACCAACAACAGAUUACAAACAAGAUUAUACGGGCACAAAACACAUAUUAACAAACUAAACAGGCUAAAAGAAUUAGGGUAUAAUAAAACCGAUAUAGAUAUGAUAACAUUGAGAGAGCGAACAACGUUAAUCGAACAUUGCAUCGAUCACGACCACAUGUUCAAUCUAGGCCAGGUCACAGUGUUAGACAGAAGCAAUCACACGAACACACUCGCAUUUCUAGAAAUGUGCCAUAUCACUAACACACCACACACAGUAAAUCAUCGCACAGACGUUAGUGGGUUAAACUCCACAUACGCAGCCAUCUUACAAACCUUUUGCGAAACAUUUCGAACCCAUCAAACAACUAAUGAUCCACCAUCUUCAAACCAACCGUUACCUCCACCAGAUGUGUAGUGCGAAGAAUUUAGUUGCUUCAUUAAGUGAAAUUAACAAAACUCGCUACGUUUCACUUAAUAUCCCACAUGUAGGUCUAAUUCAAACCACUUUUAGAAUAAUAUGUGUAACUAAACAUUGUUUAUGCCUGUUUACAGCCAAUGUUCAAUAGUUUAGACACCGACAGUUCUAUGUAAGUGAACUAUCGAAACAUGUAACCCACACAAUAAUGAUUCCCAUAAUUACAGUAUCCCCUGAAGAAGACUCUAAUACGAGUCGAAACGUUGGGAAAAAUCUAAAACUAUCGUUUUAAUUCCCCAAGACUGCAGUGCCGAAGUAGCUCUAUAGAUCGUAACAGUCGAACUCUCCUUAUCCAUGUUUAAUUCGAUUUUAGAUGACGAAAAAUGAUAUUUAGAUCAAAAUCAAAAAAUUGGGUAUUAGAAGGUUAAGAUUUCUUCAAAAGUUUCCUCUGGGAUUCUUCCAGGAGUUUCUCCUGAGAUUCCGAAGGUAUUUUCCGUUUGGUAUUUCUGCAAGAGCUCUAUUCAGGAUUCCAUCAGUAAGUACUGCCGAAUUUCUUCCACAGAUUUUUUCCGGGAUUUCUUAAGGAAUGCAAUCUGAGAUUACCUCAGGAAUUCCUGCAUUCCUUCGAAAUUCCUUCCGAAAUUUCACUAGGAAUUAAUUCCGGGCUUCCCUCAAUAGUUUGUUAUAGAACUACCCCAGCUUUUUUUCCUAAACUGUACCAGGAAUUUCUCCAGGGAUUUCUCCACAUUCUAGGAUCCCUCUAGAAUAUCCUUCUGUGAUUCCUCAGGAUGCUCCAUAUGAGAUUCUGUUUGUUUUCUUUUUUCAGAAGUUCUCUCUGGGAAAAAGUUCCAUCUGAAACUCCUCCUGGAUACCAUCUGAGGUUCUUUUUGGGACUUUUUUUUUCAAUGAGGUCCGUUGAUUCUUCAGCAGUUCCUGAGAAGUUUCUUUCGGAAUGUCGUCAGAACUUCUUUUUAUGAACUUCCUUGAAAAAAUGGGAUACCGGAAGAAACUGUUGGAGGAAAAUCAGACGAAAUUUGAUUGAAUAUUUUCUCAACGAACUCCUGUAGGAACUUCAAAGGAAUUCCAUAUACAAAAACUUCUGGAAGAAUUCCUCAAAAUGAUUCUAUGACUUUUUCCAGAUUUAUAUUACCGUAAAUAUUUUUUUCUCAAUUUAAUUUUUGAUUUACGUAAAUCAUUUACGAAUCAUUCUGCCUUUUUAGAGAAUAAAUGUUGGAUAAUAAACGCUAUUUUUCUCUGUGGGAAUAUCUACGUAUAUACUCCUGAAGGAAUCCCCUAAAGGAGCGGACCUGGUGUGGUGGUUAGAACACAAGACUAUCACGCCGAGGACCUGGGAUCGAAUCCCACUUCCGACAUACUCACAAAAUGUGGUUUCUUCUUUCGGAAGGGAAGUAAAGCGUGUGGGUCCCGAGAUGAACUAACUAGCCUAGGGUUAAAAAUCUCGUUAAUACAGACAAAAAAAAAAAGAAUCCCCUAAAAAAUACCUGGAGGAUUUCAAUUAGCAACACAUGAAAAAAUUUCAGAAUAAACAUCCGGAAGAAUUGCAGGAGGAACUCAUGGGAAAAUCCAUAAAAGAUUUCAAAGAUGAAUCCUGGUCCUGGACCUGGAAAGAGUUUAUGGAGAAAUCCCGGAAUCAGUUUCAGAAAGAAUUUCAGAAGAAGUAUCAUGAAGCAUGUUGGAAGAAGUUCCAAAAGGAAUCCCGGAAUGAAUUCCCAAAGAUAUCUCGGAAGAAGUUCUUGGAGGGAACCUGAAGAAAUCCCAGAAGUAAUUCCUGACAGGAGCCCAAAAGAAAUUCUCGAAGGAAUUCCUGAAGGAGUUCCCAGAUUAAUCCCUGAAGUAGUUCCUAGAGGAAUCCCGCGCAGAUCGAAAACAUAGUGUAAAUUUCUGUGACAUAUAAUGCACAUAAUUGGAGCGUGGGAUUUCACAGAAGUUUACAUGACAUUUCAUGUAAAUCUCAUGAAAUAUGAUGAAAACUUCCAUUAUAUGUCAUGUAAUUCAGCAUGACUCAGAGUUUUUUACAUGACAUAUAACACAAAUUUACAUGAUAUAUCAUGUAAACCAUCAUAACUUGAAGUUUACGUGACUAAAAUGAAGAUUACAUGACGUGUAAUCUUCAUUAUUUUUAUCUGUGCGGUAUUAAUUUUCGGUGGUAUUACCCUAGAAAUCGCGGAAGGAAUUCUUAAGCAAUCCCAGAAGUAAUUCUUCGUGCCUGCCACACGAUAUACGCAUGCAAAAUGGUCAUUGGCAGAGGAAGCUCUGAGUUAAUAACUGUGGAAGUGCUCAUAGAACACUAAGCUGAGAAGCAGGCUUUGUCCCAAUGAGGACGUUACGCCAAGAAGAGAGAGAGAAGUAGUUCUUUAAAGAAUCCCGGUAGGAGUUCCCGGAGAAGUUUUUGGAGGAAUACUGAAAAAAAAAAUCCUGAAGAAAUCCAGCACAGAUACAAAUAAUAAUAUUUACACAUAAUGUAAACUUAAUUUUAGUCAUGUAAACUUAGUAUUAUGAUGGUUUACAUGAUAUAUCAUGUAAAUUUGUGUUAUAUGUCAUGUAAAUACUAAGAGUCAUGCUGAAUUACAUGCCAUAUAAUGGAAGUUUACAUGAUAUUUUACGACUUUUACAUGAUAUGUCAUGUAAACUUAUGUGAUAUCUCACGCUCCAAUCAUGUGCAUCAUAUGACACAUAAUUUUACUUUCUUUUUUCGAUCUGUGCACAAACAUAGCGUCUGCAAUGCUUUUUGACGCUGGCUUUGGCCUUCUGCAGCACUGAAUGUUGCUGACGGACUACAGGUUUGGCUCCUUGUGUUUUCGCUCGCUCUUUCACCGCUUUUGCUUUGCUUCGAGUUUACCCAAAUUAUUGUCACCGGUGGUGUUGAAGGCAUUCUUGAUGGUACUCCAUUGAUAUGCUAAGAUGUAACCUUCCGCAAUAUCCGCAGACCGCUUUUCCAGCUCUUCGGCGAAGGACCUUUUUCAACGCAGCGUCUUCCAGUCGGCGUAUGUUUGAUCGAUACUAGAUUUUCCCAUCCUAUCGGUGGAUCCUAGCAAUGCGCAGUCGGAUCUGACGAGUAGGAGAUGAUGGUCGGACGCAAUGUCGACACUACAUUUGUUUUCUACAUCAACUAUCAAUAAUGCGAAGAAGUUCUUUAUUCCCCAUAUUAUUAUGGAUAUUCGGUAGAUAUGGAAGUGAGAAACAGUAUCAGAAAACUAUUCCUACCAUCAAUAAAAGCAAUUGCACUCAUAAAUAACACAAGCGCCACCAAUCCUAUAACGCCAGUAAAGCGCAUGGUCACGCUUGUAGCAAUCUCGAUAGUGCACCGCUGUUGGCUGCCACUUGCCAGACAGAACUAAAUCACAUUUCAAACUAAUUGACAACUGUACUUUACAAGCAAGAGCCAUACAUACCCAGUCGUCCUCACUGAAAGCGCACUCCAGCGGCGCAAAUCCUCUCCUAAUCGCGAUCUAAUACCCCCCUUUUUCAUACCUACAUUAUAUCUUAAGUUGGACAAUAAAUUUCCGAUUAGCGAAUUGGUUCCGCAGCAGACAUCUUUUAUUAUUGGCUUGAGAAGUACAGUGCACACUGCACUGGAAUGGACACAAGUGAAGUAAAGUGCAUGUCCACGAACACCCAGUAGCAGCAAAUCCAUAAUUUUCCACACUUCCUUCUGCGUUCCUUGGAAGCGACGGAUUGGCUUGCACGUCACAAAUUGAAAAGUGUUUGCUCCGAUAAGGAGUCCUUCGCUUUCCAUCAUCGUCCGCCACUAUGGUGCGCUGCUUGGACGCCGCCGGUGCACUUACUAAUGUUAUGACUAACGACGUCGGAGACGGAGGGGGUUCCGCACCUUAAUCCGACAUUUUUAUCUGCUGCGUUCGGAAUUGGCAACUCACUAUUUGCUUGAUUGAAUUUGUGUUACUCGAACGAAAUCCGAUCAGAGAGAAAUGGCAGAAUUAUGACAACCGGAACUAUUAUUCCAACCAAAUAUAUAGUCUUUUAAAUCAUAGCUAUACACUAAAAUUGUCCCAAAAUUUUGUCUAGUGCCAACGAUGUUAUAAUGGGUUCUGAUACAAUUAAAUUUAUCCCUUUUAACUUUAUUUAGCUAGUUUAAUUUGAGCUAGGUUUUCAUUAGCUUUAAAUAUAUUUUCAGUUUAAAUCUAACACAUUUCAAUACUUGUAGGGUUUCUCAUGAUAUAAACAUGAAACUUUGGGAAAUAGCUUAGCAAGACUGCUAAAACGAUUUUUCAAUCUUUCCCGACGAUUCGAUCUGUUUUCAAGGCGAGAAUGAUUAAAAAAACUCAUGUUUUUAUUCAGACGAAAACUGCUAAGCCAUUUUUUCAAACUUUUUUCCCUCCUUUCAAUAUAAACAUUAGCUGUUGAUAUAUUUUUGUUACACAUUUGUUAUACCGGUCUGAUCGAGCAGCAGGGAAGGAGUCCACUACUGCCGCCAAUCGGUUGAUUAAUAAUUUCUGCCGAGUGGUACCCUCUGGACUAGUCAAGCUUGUUAUCACUACAGGUCCAGCAAGGAGCUGUCAAUCUUCGUCGUUGAUGGACCGAAAAAGGAAUUUCUUCGGUUCGUCAGCUCGCCGGCUCUGACAGACAGAGGAUUAGAUAAAGGCAUGUGUGCGGUCGGUGGAGAGCAAAAAAAAAGUGUGCCAUCAGUUGAAAUACUUCGUUUCCCAUUCGGUCAAGGUGACGGGACAAAGUCCAGUAAUCUGACGGUUCUUCUGGAUCAUCUAUGCAAAUCUUACUUUGACACUGCUAUGGAUAGAGCGGUAGGUCAGAGCGCUGUUUGCAACAUAACCACCAUGUCUAGAAUUGAACUCCCGAACGUCAGGGAUCUUCGUCGGGUGGCUCGUAAAACUAGAUCAUCUACUAAGCGUCCCAGACUGGGAGAUCUACUAUUUUUAGGAAGAAAUUUUCCCAACAAGAUAAAACUCACGGGUACGGAACGGCUCUAGUGACGAUCGAGUUGAUCUUGACCGACGACGAUGGAUGGGAGUUCCUCGAAGCUGUGACAACAUGUAGAAGAUGUCAGUCAAUCUCGUUAGCUUUUUUCGUACCAAAUUGGAAGAAGGCAUCAACCGAAAAACGGCGCCAUUCUGGGUAGCUAAAUUUAGAAUGCUUGCUAAGAGCGGAUGCAUUUAAUUUAGGAAUGGUCUUCGGUGUUUUCGGAAACGAUGAGAACGACAACAGGGCACAACCAUUCGGCGCAUACGUAUGAAUGAGUUAAGAAAGUCGCAGAAAUAGAAGCUAUUAAAGCCAAUUCAGGCUUAUAAUAUCUCACAUGUAGGUCAUUGUUGUCAUUCGCAUUCAUUUUUUAACGAAUUAUGUAUCCACUUAAUAUUGGUUCUACAUAUUUCACAUUUAAUUCUUUUGAAUCAUCAGUUUAUUGCAGAUUCGGAUAAAAUAGAAGCCAGUAGGACAAAGAUGGGAAAGUUAAUGGGACAACCUAACUAUGAAUUAAAACCUACCUACUGGUACCGUACUGGCGGCGAUACUACCGAGAAGUCACACCUCACGGCAAUAAAUAAGUGUUUCGACUCAAUACAAGUAUUCGUUCAAUCAUCUUAAUGGUGAUGUCUGAUCUACAUGCCAGUCCUAGUGCCAGGGAAGGACUCUCAGCUUAACUAUGCACUACGGUCUUCCGAAAAGUAGAAGGUUGGUAUCCGGCCUGGCAACAAGCCGUAAAAAACCGUUGCAAAGGAAAUUUAGCAACAGAAUAAUCGAGACAAUCGGCAACGACCCCAGCGAACAAAAAAGGACUUGCGAUUACAAUCGGAACAAAAAGGUACUGCCAAUCUCUCAACUUCAUUGGGAGCACCCGUACACUCGCCGAAGGUCCGCGGGUUCGGCAUCACAACGCUGCAGGAGGCGUUUCUUUUUUUUUGGUCCUCAGGUUAUGUGGGGAUCGACCUACUAAAACCUCAUUAUCUCUUCCUUACCUUCGCGAUACGCCCGUUAGGGAUGACUUCGAAAAGGGGGGGGGGGGUGUACAUGAGUACUCUCUAUUUGUAAGUGUUCCACCAGCUAUCGCUUUAAGUUGUCCUCUCUUCCCUGAAGGAUUGGGUCCUGGCAAGUAAUAUAGACUACCCGUUGGACUCAAGCUCCAGGAUGGGGAGCGAGAGGGGCAACUCUACUUGCUGUUUGUCGGUCCACCAUUUUCAUUGUAGUUCUAGUACGACUCGGGAAACCGUGGAAGUCCGCAAACAUCCUUUCAACAAUGCUGGCCGGAGUGACAUCUCUAACGCAUAUGUCCUGCAUACUCGACCUUUGCGUGGGCAUUCGAAGAGCACAUGCUCUGCAGUCUCGUCGCAGUUUGCGCAUUCUAGACAUACGGGGGAGCCUGCACGCCCGAAUCUGACAGAAAUGGUGUCAAGUUACAGUUCAUCUCACCAUGGGGCCUGCUCGUCCAUUUAGACACGCUCGGUAUGUGCCAGUGUGUCCAUCUAUCCUUUGACCCGCAAUUGCUUCAGUGAGCGCUUAGAGUUGAUCGUGCACUCGUCUGUGGUGACCACUGCCUGCUGUUCAGACUUGCGUUUGUUUACCACCACCACCUCCGGUUUGUAGUCCGUGAAGUGCCAGCUGUCUCGACCUCAUCCAGUCCUCCACAAAGCUAAUUGCGUGCGCUGCUGUCAGUUCCACUAGCUCUAUCGACUCGCCGUAUACCACGAGGGAGAUAUCAUCGGCAAACCUGACCAUUUUUACGCCCGGUGGAAGUGUGAGCCUCAAUACGCCAUCAUACGCCGCGUUCCAAAGUACCGGGCCCAGGAUGGAACCUUAAGGUAACCCUGCGGUGGUGUUGUGGCUCCUCUCACCUUCCUCGGUGUCAUAGAUUAGCCUCCUAUUCUGGAAGAAGCUCUCCAGUAUCCGGCAUAGGCUAUCCGGGACUCGUAGGUGGUUCAUGGCGCACUCGAUGGCGGUCCAACUGACGCUGUUGAACGCAGUCUUCACACCCUGCGUAACGAUCGCGCAAUAGCGGAUUCUCGUUUACUUCACGAUGAACUUUGCCAUUUCUGGACGUCAAGUUCACCAUUGCGGUCAUCAGGAAUACAUGCUUGGUUGAUGGAGAAUCUCUGCUAGAACUCGACGACCUUACAUGAUGCUGAAUCGUUACCCCAGUACCGGGGUUGGCUUCAGCAAGUUUCUGGGUACCAGCGUGAUUAACUGGAGUCCUCUUACGCUCAAAAUGUAGUAGCGUGUGAUGUCUUUUUGAGCACUGCAGGCACGAUUUACUACUGGAACAUGCUGAGCUUCGGUGGCCCUUUCUCAAACAAUUAAAGCAUGCAUUUAGCUCCUUCACUCUCGUAUGGCGCUGAUCCACGGACAGCUUCUGGAACACGGAACACUUGAAAUUUUGAUGCUGUCCGGCACAGAAGUCGCACACAUACGUCGGCACUACUAACGCUGCAUGCGAAGUCUUGGAAGGCACGAGCUUGGAUGUAGGCGGCUUCCGGUUGGAGACCUUGGGACUCGGGGAUACGAUGUAUGCACUAUUCUCGCAUCUCUCCAGAAUGACGCAUCGUUGUUUUAGAAAUUCGAUGGUCUGUUCGUAGUCUGGAAGCUCCUUCUGAUCCAUUGAAGCUUCCCACAGCUCACGGGUCUGACCAUCUAAGGCAUGCCUCAACACGGUCACCACGAUCAGCUCUGACAUCCCUGAAAGCGGUUGACCGAGCUUGAUGAGAUUCUCCACAUGGCGAGUGCACUCUUCGAUGAGACUCCGGAGUUCCUUCGACGAUCUCCUUGUCAUCUGUUUUAGGUUUAACAGGCCCAGGAUGUGAGAUUCCAAGAUAAGCCGCUUGUUGCCAAAUCUCUCCUCUAGGAUGUCCCAUGCGCGCUGGUAAUCGUUGUCCUGCAACGUCUCCAGAUCGAUCACACCAGCGGCAUCUCCUUUCAAGGAGUUCUCGAGGUGGUACAACUUCACGGCAUCUGAAUCUAAUGAACGCUGCAUCAGAUCCUGGAACAUGGCUUUGAAGCGGGGCCAUGCUUCAUAAUGACCAUCGAAGGUUGGCAAUGGAGCACCAAAGGAUUGGGACUGAACGAUGAUCGGUUGCUGGUUAGUGACACAAGGUGGCUGCUGAGUUGGCGGCACAGUCAACUUCUCGGUACAACUCUCGAACAGCACGGAUACCUCCUCGUACCGCAGGUAGUGCUCAUCUUGCUCAUCGCGCUUGUCGGCUGAGGACUUAGCAACAAUCUCCUGGUGCAACCUGACAUACUCGUCCUUCUCAUUUUCAAUACUUCGUUGGUACACCUUGACUUGGGCUGGGCUGAGUUCACUCCUGUCCUCUUCGGCCUGCUUGAGGAUAGUAAGGAUUCUGGUCACAUUUCGUUGUGCUAAUCCACGGUUGUGGACUAGCGCCCCAAGCUGGGCUUCACAUUCGGCAGAAUCCGGCACCUUCUUCACCGGUGUCCGUUUGGGUGGCAUCCUGAUGAAAUCUUCACGGGUCAGUAACACGGGGAUGUGGACAGGAAUUUCGUCGCUUUUGUUGCAAUAAUGGAUGGGAGGUAGCACACGGAAUCCGAAGCGGUGGCAGCAACACUCAACACUACGAAAAUCGACGCGCUUGUCGGACCGGAUGGAAUUAGGAACACGCGAAUUCCGGAACGACGGAUAAAAUCACUACGCGACGACGGUUUACACUCGCGGACCGACACGGAUACGGACGUUGUCAAAGCCACGUCCACGCUCUUCACUGCGCAGCACGCUGUUGAAGCCACGCGGAACGCUUUUAAGACAACACACUACCGCGUUGUUCAAGCCACGCGGAACGCUUUUACACACUACCGGAUCCUUAUCCGGCUCGAAGGACCAAAUUGUGUUCGGUAAUGAACACAAGAAUAUUCAGGCGAAGACACUGGACUGUAUAUAGGAUGCGGCAGAAAGAGAAACGGGUUUUCGGAUAGGCAGGCAAAAACACUUGUUCACUUUCACACUUUAUUCCCUUUCUUACACUAUUUACACCUUAUAACUCCGCGUUGUUUUAAGCCACGCGAACGCAUAUCACUUUAACUUUUGGAUUGCAACUGACUUGCAACCGCGAACGGGUCGCAUAUAUAGGGUUUGUGUGCCAUCAUUAAUCUCAUGCUCCCAAUUUCAUCCUAUUCGAAAACAAGCGAUUACGGCACCGAUUGAUUCCGUUCUUUUUGUUUUCAUGCGUGCUCACUUCUAACAAAAAAUACAAAAAUAAUAAACAAAACAAACAGUGCUUCAAUCCUUUGUUUUUCGUAGGAUGAAAAUGGGAGCCACAUGCUUAAUAAGGGAACCAAUACCCUAUACCCAAAA